AGCUUUGCUUGAUCUCUCUUUCAAAUAGGUUGGAGGACAACACACAAGGAGGGAAAAGGCAAGCAAACGCAGAGAAAUCCAUCCUUUCUUGAAUCAAAAUUUGAUUUCUGGACUGGGCGAGAGAGAGGGGGGGAAGAGCAGCACACGUACCUUCCACCCCCACCUCUCACACACAGCGAGGAAAAGCAGCACACUGGGCUAGGCCGCAAGUCAUUAGUUCUUGGUGGACAAGCACUGACAAAAGGCUGGAGGGAGAAGCCUGCAUGAGGGGAAACCUCCACAGGAACCAUGGAGGGCUGAGGGAAACCAGAAGGACGCUUUUCUAGGUUUUUGUUUUGAGAAAAGCAGCAAAGAGGACACUGCCACAGCCGGUCUGAGAAGACACCGAUCACUUCCUUGUGUUGUGUAUUUCGAGGGGCAGUCCACAUCGCUCUUCUCCCACGACCACAUGAAGUGAUGUUUUUGUUGUGCGGACAUCGACUGGUUUUACUUCACUUGGGAUUUCUUCAUUGUGGGUCAAAAUGCUGCCGCUGCUGAGAGGAUUACAGCAGCAUAGAGGAGCUGUGUCUGCAGCCUUGCAAGAUCUAGAGCGAGAAAAGGAUUUAUUUAUCUCCCAGUAAGGGGGGGAGGCUACAAGACAGAGCAUAUUCGAGAGGUGCCUCGACUGAAGCGUGACAGCGAAGGACUGGGCAGCUCGAGCAGGAUUUUCUCAGGGACAGGAGAAAAAAAGAGGACACAGCAGCACAACAUUUGGAUAGAAGAAGGAAGCGGUGGAAGUGAAAACCACAGGCAUGCAGAUCUAAAAAGUUGUCACACUGAGACUGUUUCCAGGUCAUAGUGGAGUAGGAGGAGACAAAACUGGUCUUGUUUUUUUUUUUUCUUUAGUCAAACCGUCCUCAAUGCUGUAGCCUAUUUUCCUCUCAUUGACAUCUGCUUGUUAGACCUGAGGAGUGGUUGCCUUUUUUGCAGUUCUACAAUUAAAUUAUCUUUAUUGACAAAUGAAAUCACAGGCGAGCAGGAAGUACUGAUUCUCUUCAGGCACUAGGGGGGAAAACACAAUCUGGAUUUUGGAUGUUUGUGUUACCUUGACAGCAACCAGAAAUCUUGGCUGCCUGUCCCAUUUUCUUCCUCGGUGGUUCGGUGACCAAGCGAUGGCCAUGGUGAGUGGGGGCUGGGGAGAUCCCAACGGGGGCACAAACGGACUUGGGGACAAGAGCUACUUAAGGGGCGAAGAGGAGGACGGUUCACCUCAGGCGGGGGGCAGCGACAUGGAGGCCGGAGACGACGACAAGGCCUGCGUGGUGGACUGCGUGGUGUGCGGGGACAAGUCCAGCGGCAAGCAUUACGGAGUGUUCACGUGCGAGGGCUGCAAGAGCUUCUUCAAGAGGAGCGUCAGACGAAACCUCAGCUACACAUGCAGGUCAAACAGAGAGUGUCAGAUCGACCAGCACCACAGGAACCAGUGCCAGUACUGUCGACUGAAGAAGUGUUUCCGUGUUGGCAUGCGCAAAGAAGCAGUUCAACGCGGUCGCAUCCCACCUCAGCCAAGCCUCAGCCCCUCAAUCACGCCCAUAGGUGGUGCCAGCGGCCUUGGAGGUGAGUUCUAUAACAACAACAACAACGGAGGCAGCGGAGGAGGUCAGCCAGUGUCAGAACUCAUUUCCCAGCUGCUGCGAGCCGAGCCAUAUCCCAGCAGUCGCUAUGGACACCAGUACAACCAACAGGCGGGUCCCGAUAACGCCAUGGGGAUUGAUAACAUCUGCGAACUAGCUGCUCGACUGCUCUUCAGCACCGUGGAGUGGGCCAGAAACAUCCCAUAUUUCCCUGAACUCCCCGUCUCAGAUCAGGUGGCCCUGCUGAGGCUGAGCUGGAGCGAGCUCUUCAUCCUCAACGCAGCCCAGUCAGCCCUGCCGCUCCAUAUGGCUCCCCUGUUAGCGGCUGCCGGCUUCCACUCCUCGCCCAUGUCAGCAGAGCGCGUGGUGUCCUUUAUGGACCAGGUGAGGGUGUUCCAAGACCAGGUGGACAAGCUGACCCGGCUACAGGUGGACUCAGCCGAGUACAGCUGUCUGAAGGCCAUCGCACUGUUCUCACCAGACGCCUGCGGUUUAACAGACCCGGUCCACGUGGAGUCUCUGCAGGAGAAGGCUCAGGUGGCUCUGACAGAGUAUGAGAGGAUGCAGUACCCGAGUCAACCUCAGCGCUUCGGACGCCUGCUCCUGCGCCUCCCUGCUCUGCGGGCAGUCCCCGCUAACCUCAUCUCACAGCUCUUCUUCAUGCGCCUGGUAGGAAAGACUCCCAUCGAGACGCUGAUCCGCGACAUGCAGCUCUCCGGAAGCUCCAUCAGCUGGCCGUAUGUCCCGGGACAGUAGCUCCCACCCAUCACGUACGAGGUCUCCGUCUGGGAUUAGUGACGACAAGGACCCACAGGAAACCUCCUGACUCAUCACUUUCCAUCUGUGUGGUUAUGAAACUGCAGCGCCAGCUGGCCGUCAUACGUACUGUACUGAAACCGCUCUAUUCCCUUUCAUGAAACGCGUUCUCUGUCUCCCGAGAAGAGAGGUAAAGAUGCCAGGUUGGAUCUGUCUUGUUGCCAGCCCGCUCGGUCUGGUGCCAGAUCUCAGGCCAGAGACCAGAUCCUCAUGCUGGGUCCCGAUAUGGUCGUCACAGCUAGUCAUGUACCACCCACACGCCACAGUGACAAAAGACGCCGCUGUUUUUAUGUAGAGGGCAGCAGCACCCCGCUACAAACACUUCAAGAGGACAAAACUGUCCCGCCACUGAAGCGCUGGGCUCAUUUUUCAUGGCUCACCAUUUGUGAUACAGUGAUCUUUUUAUCCACACAGCUGAAAACAUUACAACACAGCAUCAAGGUUAUCAUGGAGCUAAAUGGAUAGUAAUACAUGUGAGGAAGCUGUGGUUGUGCUGUGAAUGAAAUGCAAGACACAGCACCAAAAGAUAAAACCACAAACUCACUGCAAAGGAACGAUUCAAAUGGAACAGAAUGAAAUUAAACAAAGAAAGAAAAAUCACCAAAGUCUAUCGAAACAUCCUCAGAGAUCGUUUUUAAAUCAUGAGUACACAAUGCAGAGGACAUGAACCACCUGUUUAUGACUGCCUGACCAUCAUGUGAACAAUGCAUUUACAUUCAUCCACAGGGCUCACUGUUGCUGUAUCUAAAGACAAUUGGAGAAAAAAGAAGUGACAUGAGAAUGGACUAUUACCUCACAAGACAUCAGAAUGCUUUAGUCUGAUAUUUCCUAAACACAAACCUCUGUAAACGUUGUUCACCAGAAACCGCCUUCUUUUGAAAAACUGCCUUGUUAUUCAGUACAAAUUUGGGACACUUCUGAGCAUAACAAACAUUCAUCUUGGAUCUUUUUAGAGAAAGAUCCCCAAAGUGAUUUUCACUCGUGUUUUGACAAACUUCAUAUGUUGAAUUCAGCUAUUAUAUAUUGUUUGGAUGGUUUUUUUUUCUUUCUUUUAUGAGUAUCGGCAGGCUGACAUCAACUCGGGCUCUAAUUGAACAUCUCCAGAUAAUACGAGUUUUCCACAAACACAGUUGGUGGUGAGAAAGUAAAAGCCAACACUACCAGUUAAGUAUGAGUUUACGUAGAUCAAUGCUGUUUUUAGGGGGAUCUGUCCUUUGAAGAAAGUAUUGACGUGUAUAUAUAUUGAGGCCAACUUUGUCUUUUUGCAUGUUCAGAUGUUGUUUUGGAUCUCUGCUAAAUCGAGACAGUUUGAUUCUUUUCUAUUUCAUAAUUCAACUUUCAUUUAUAUAUUGAGUAUUACUUUCACUGUUAGCUCUUAAAUGCUUUUUUCUAUUUGUAUUUACAUGAAAAUACCUCUUGCAUCUAUUCAGAUGUCAAAAAAAGAAGCUUACCUUCAUGCCAUUACAGCUGAUAUGAUAUAGAGAUGUUCAUGCUCUCAUUUUCAAGCACCCGAGUGAGUCUCUGCUGCUGUGAGAUGACGCUGUAAUGGAUAAAAAUCUGGUGGGGAGAAAAAAAAAAUACAUGCACUUGGAGGAUGUUCAAAUGCCAAAACAUCACAUGAUCAGCGACUUGAUAAAAGACGACAGGCCCUGAUUAGCUGGUCCACCAGGAUUUACCUCAAACGGGUGUUUCAAGAGGCAUGUUUACAAGCUGACAAGCUAUGUAUUGGAAAGAAAAGAGCUAAAUCAAAUCUAAAAUCAGACGCAUUUUUGACAGAUGUAUCCCUGCUUCUUGAUCUACCACCAGGCCUUUGAAAGUUGUACAGAUGUCCUUCUGUAAGGCAACAACUCAUUCAAUCAUGUCAUCACAAAAUAAAAAAUUAAAUAUACUAUUAAUGUUUUCUUAUCUUUGUGUUACUGAGUUCUUAAAUUUCUAAAGUUUUCUGUGUACGGCAAAUUAUCGAAAGAAUAAAAAGAUGAUAAUGUGUCUUUUGUUCAGUUUUUGUUAUUUGCAAACUACUUGAAAAAGUGUUGUAAUUACAUCUGUAUGAAGAAUGCCAAAUAAACACUGCAACAUGUGC